AUGGCGCUGCAACCGUUCUCUGCGCCUCAGGGCGGCGUGCAGCCUCCCGUGCUGACGAAUAAGAUGUUGAAGAGACUGCCGGACUUCUUGAAGACGUACAAUCAGUGCUCAAAACUCGCUGGGGAUACGCAGAGUGAACGCAUCGAAAAUGUCCUGCAGAGGGAGUACGGGCAACUAUUCUAUGCCAGCGACAGGCACUAUCUCAGCAAUGAGAGCAGCAACCUUUCGCCAGACCAGCUGUUUUCCGCGGUGAAGAAGCUUCAGUCAGGGCAAAAAGCUACCGACGUCUUGGAAGGCGCUUUUGCAGUUGCAUUCGCCUUGAUGCAACGCUCCACAACAGUUUACCAACUCCGACAAAAGGCCACCGGCAGUGCCGAUGAGGUGGAAUUUGGCACGGCUCAGGCCAUAUUGCUGCAGAUUGCAGCAUGUUUGUCCGGCCCGAGGCUGGGCCGUGGCAGCUGGCGCCUGGAUGAACACAGGGUCAUCUGCAUUGUGCCAUGGGGGCCGCGCCUGCUUGCUGUUCCGCUCUACUUUGGUGAGCACAGCAUGCAAGUUCAGAGCCGUCCGACUAUGUGA